CAACCCAAAUCAGGAAGACACAGAACUCGUUAUAGUUAGAAACCCUAGACCCUCCAUUUGAUUCUUUCUCGGGGUGGCCUUCGCAGAACACACUAAAUUUUUAUCGGCGACGCCUGCAGCAGCAGCAAUGGUGAAGUACUCGAAGGAACCAGAAAACCCCACCAAAUCUUGCAAGGCCAGGGGAUCUGAUCUCAGGUGCCAUUUCAAGAACACUCGUGAAACAGCACAUGCUAUCCGAAAGCUGCCUUUAUUGAAGGCGAAGAGAUACUUGGAAGAUGUUUUGGUCCAUAAACAAGCCAUUCCAUUUACUCGUUUUUGCCGUGGAGUUGGACGAACUGCACAAGCCAAGAAUCGUCAUUCCAAUGGACAAGGACGUUGGCCUGCUAAAUCUGCAAAGUUCAUUCUCGAUCUUCUAAAGAACGCCGAGAGUAAUGCAGAGGUGAAAGGAUUGGAUGUCGAUGCUCUUCACAUCUCCCAUAUCCAGGUCAACCAAGCCCAAAAACAGAGGCGUCGGACAUACCGUGCUCAUGGAAGAAUCAAUCCUUACAUGUCUUCUCCUUGCCAUAUUGAAUUGACCUUGUCUGAAAAAGAGGAGCCUGUUAAAAAGGAGCCUGAGACUCAGUUGGCACCAAGAACCAAGAAGAACCAAGCUUAAGUGAAGUUGAGUGGUAGAAAGGAUUCAGUUUUUGAUAUCUGAAAACUCUGUUUCUGUUUUUAAAGAUUUGUUAUGCUCUAUUAUUAUGAGACCCCCAUUGAACGGUUGACUUCACGGAUGACAAACAACUUACAAUCUUUAAAGUGCUCCUCUUAGAUCCCAAUUAGCAAGCUUAAUCGAAUGAUAUGACCUUCAUUCCUUGGACAAACAUCAUCACUGGAGAUAUCAUGCAACAUUCUCAUCUUGCGGUAUUAUAGCAUUAUAUUAUGUACUAGGUGUGAAACCCGUGUACUACAUGGGUUGAUUAAAAAAAAUUAUAUUUGAAGAUAUAAACUUUAAAUAUUUUUUUUAAAGAAGACAUUAAAUAUCAAAGUGU